AUUUAUUUCAAGGCGAAUCGGGCUUUGGGGGAAGAGGAAGAAAAGUCGGAUUACAAGAUCAACCACCACCAACAACAAUAAAAACCACCAGGAUAUUUUUUUGCAAAUUUCUGACGGCUUUAAAUUCAUGAAGCAAUUGUCCCCUUUUGCAAUCAGCAUUUGGAUCUCAGAAUGAGCAAGGAAAGACCCAAGAGGAAUAUCAUUCAGAAGAAAUACGAUGACAGUGAUGGGAUUCCAUGGUCAGAAGAAAGGGUGGUACGUAAAGUCCUUUAUUUGUCUCUGAAGGAGUUCAAGAAUGCCCAGAAGAGGCAACACGGGGAAGGCAUUGCUGGGAGCCUGAAAACAGUGAAUGGGCUCCUUGGUAAUGGCCAGUCUAAGGGAUUAGGACCAGCGUCAGAACAGUCAGAGAAUGAGAAGGACGAUGCAUCCCAAGUGUCCUCUACUAGCAACGAUGUUAGUUCUUCAGAUUUUGAAGAAGGGCCGUCGAGGAAAAGGCCCAGGCUGCAAGCACAAAGGAAGUUUGCGCAGUCUCAGCCGAACAGUCCCAGCACAACUCCGGUAAAGAUAGUGGAACCAUUGCUGCCCCCUCCAGUUACUCAAAUCUCUGACCUCUCUAAAAGGAAGCCCAAGACAGAAGACUUUCUUACCUUUCUCUGCCUUCGAGGUUCUCCUGCGCUGCCCAACAGCAUGGUGUAUUUCGGAAGCUCUCAGGACGAGGAGGAUGUCGAGGAGGAAGACGAUGAGACGGAAGACGUCAAAGCAGCCGCCAAUAAUGCUUCAUCUUCAUGCCAGUCAACCCCCAGGAAAGGAAAAACCCACAAGCAUGUUCACAACGGGCAUGUUUUCAAUGGUUCCAGCAGGUCAUCACGGGAGAAAGAACCUGUUCAAAAACACAAAAGCAAAGAGGCCACUCCCGGGAAGGAGAAGCACAGCGAUCACCGGGCUGACAGCCGGAGGGAACAGGGCUCCGCGGCCCCCCCCCCAGCAGCCCCGUCCACGGGCUCCUCGGCCAAGGGGCUCGCUGCUAACCACCACCACCCCCCUCUGCAUCGGUCGGCUCAGGACUUACGGAAACAGGUUUCGAAGGUAAAUGGAGUCACUCGAAUGUCAUCUCUGGGUACAAGUGCAACCAGUGCCAAAAAGAUGCGCGAAGUCAGACCUUCACCGUCCAAAACUGUGAAGUACACUGCAACGGUGACGAAGGGGACUGUCACAUACACCAAAGCCAAGAGAGAACUGGUCAAGGAAACCAAACCCAAUCACCACAAGCCCAGUUCCGCUGUCAACCACACAAUCUCAGGGAAAACUGAAAGUAGCAAUGCAAAAACCCGCAAACAGGUGCUAUCCCUCGGGGGGGCGUCCAGGUCCACCGGGCAUGCCGUCAAUGGCCUCAAGGUCAGUGGCAGGUUGAACCCAAAGUCAUGCACUAAGGAGGUGGGGGGGCGGCAGCUGAGGGAGGGGCUGCGGAACUCCAAGAGGAGACUGGAAGAGGCACAGCAGGCUGAGAAGCCGCAGUCCCCGCCCAAGAAGAUGAAAGGGCCGGCCGGCUCUGCCGAAGCCCCCGGCAGGAAGGCGGCAGCGGUGGCCCCCACGGCGCUCGCCCCCGCGGAGAAGACUCUGCUGCAUGGGCCCGUGAAGAAGGAAGUGCCCGAGCGGAGCCUGGAAAGGAACCGGCCGAAGCGGGCCACGGCCGGCAAGAGCGCACCGGGCAGACAAGCACACGGCAAGACGGACGGCGCCUCCUGUGAAAAUCGUUCUACCUCGCAAACGGAGCCCUUGCACAAGCCGCACGAGGCGGCGGCCAAGCCCGACAAGGGGGGCGGCCGGGCCGGCUGGGCGGCCAUGGACGAGAUCCCUGUGCUCAGGCCGUCCGCCAAGGAGUUCCACGACCCGCUCGUCUACAUCGAGUCGGUCCGCGCUCAGGUGGAGAAGUACGGCAUGUGCAGGGUGAUCCCCCCUCCGGACUGGCGGCCCGAGUGCAAGCUCAACGACGAGAUGCGGUUCGUGACGCAGAUUCAGCACAUCCACAAGCUGGGCCGGCGCUGGGGCCCCAACGUGCAGCGGCUGGCCUGCAUCAAGAAGCACCUCAGAUCUCAGGGCAUCACCAUGGACGAGCUCCCGCUCAUAGGAGGCUGUGAGCUCGACCUGGCCUGCUUUUUCCGGCUGAUUAACGAGAUGGGCGGCAUGCAGCAAGUGACUGACCUCAAAAAAUGGAACAAACUAGCAGACAUGCUGCGCAUCCCCAAAACUGCCCAGGACCGGCUGGCCAAGCUCCAGGAAGCCUACUGCCAGUACCUGCUGUCCUAUGACUCCCUGUCCCCCGAGGAGCACCGGCGGCUGGAGAAGGAGGUGCUGAUGGAGAAGGAGAUCCUGGAGAAGCGGAAGGGGCCCCUCGAGGGCCACACGGAGCACGACUACAACAAGUUCCAUCCCCUGCCCCGCUUCGAGCCCAAGAACGGGCUCAUCAACGGCAUGGCCCACAGGAACGGCUUCCGCAGCAAGCUCAAAGAGGUGGGCCAGGCCCAGCUCAAGACGGGCCGGCGGCGACUCUUUGCUCAGGAAAAGGAAGUGGCGCGAGAGGAGGAGGAGGACAAAGGUGUCCUCAGUGACUUCCACAAGUGCAUAUACAAGGGAAGGUCUGUUUCUUUAACGACUUUUUAUCGAACAGCAAGAAAUAUCAUGAACAUGUGCUUCAGCAAGGAGCCCGCACCAGCUGAAAUCGAGCAAGAGUACUGGAGGCUAGUGGAAGAGAAGGACUGCCACGUGGCCGUCCACUGCGGCAAGGUGGACACCAACACCCACGGCAGCGGGUUCCCAGUGGGGAAGUCAGAACCGUUCUCAAGGCAUGGAUGGAACCUCACCGUCCUCCCCAAUAACACAGGGUCCAUCCUGCGUCACCUCGGUGCUGUGCCUGGAGUGACAAUUCCCUGGCUAAACAUUGGCAUGGUCUUUUCUACCUCAUGCUGGUCUCGAGACCAAAACCACCUUCCCUAUAUUGACUACUUACACACUGGUGCUGACUGCAUUUGGUAUUGCAUUCCUGCUGAGGAGGAGAACAAGCUCGAGGACGUGGUCCACACCCUUUUGCAGGCCAACGGUACCCCCGGGCUGCAGAUGCUGGAAAGCAACGUCAUGAUCUCCCCGGAGGUGCUGUGUAAAGAGGGGAUCAAGGUGCACAGGACCGUGCAGCAGAGUGGCCAGUUCGUCGUCUGCUUCCCGGGCUCCUUUGUGUCCAAAGUCUGCUGCGGCUACAGCGUCUCGGAGACCGUGCACUUUGCCACCACCCAGUGGACGAGUAUGGGCUUCGAGACGGCCAAGGAAAUGAAGCGUCGCCAUAUAGCUAAGCCAUUCUCCAUGGAGAAGUUACUCUACCAGAUUGCACAAGCGGAAGCGAAAAAGGAAAACGGCCCCACUCUCAGUACCAUCUCCGCCCUUCUGGAUGAGCUCAGGGAUACGGAGCUGCGGCAGCGGCGGCAGCUGUUCGAGGCCGGCCUCCACUCGUCCGCGCGCUACGGCAGCCACGACGGCAACGGCGCCAUGGCGGAUGGCAAGAAAAAGCCUCGAAAGUGGCUGCAGUUGGAGACGUCGGAGAGGAGGUGUCAGGUCUGCCAGCACCUGUGCUACCUGUCCAUGGUCGUGCAGGAGAACGAGAACGUGGUGUUCUGCCUGGAGUGCGCGCUGCGCCACGUGGAGAAGCAGAAGUCCUGUCGAGGGCUGAAGCUGAUGUACCGCUACGAUGAGGAACAGAUCAUCAGUCUGGUCAAUCAGAUCUGUGGCAAAGUAUCUGGUAAGAACGGCAGCAUUGAGAACUGUCUCAGUAAACCUACACCAAAAAGAGGGCCCCGCAAGAGAGCGACCGUGGACGUGCCGCCAUCCCGGCUUUCAUCCUCCAGUUCAUCCAAAAGUGCUUCGAGCUCGUCGUGAAGAUGCCAACACCCGUGUCGACUGAUAUAUAUUUUUUUGUAAUUAUUAUAUUCUAGUUUGGAGUACUUGCUGUAGGAUUCAAGCUGUCUUUGCACUAGCUCUAAAGAAGAUUUUCUUCUGGUUUUAGAGAACUAAUUUUGUUUUAGCAUUAAACUGUUGAACUUUUUUUUGUACUUAGAAUACCUAGAUACUGCAGUCAGAUUUUUGAAACUGCCGUAUAUUCACUGUUUUAAAAACCCUUGAGGGGCUGUAUUAAUUUGUAUUGCCCCUGUGGCUGAAAAACGCCUUUUCGGUUUUUUGUUUUGUUUUUUUUGUUUUGUUUUGUUUUCUUUGGUAACUUGGGGGAAAAAAGGCUUUUUAACCCAUUUUUGAAGAGGGUGAAGUUUGGAGAACAAAUUUUAAAACCAUCAGUCAUGUGAGCAGAUUUUUCUAGAGAGGAAAAGGGAUAGGAGACACACACACACACAAAACUUGAAAAGAAAUGGCUUUACUCUGGCUGUCUUUUCUUCUGUCAUGUGCAAAAUGAGUUUGUAGUUUUUAAAACCGGAGAACCCCCAUGUUGUGUCUUGGGGAGGUCAUGGCAGCUGAAGGCGGACGUAGUUUCCUAACCCGAGGCAAAACACGAAGAGGAGCGCCGAGGUUCUCUUUACCAGCACAUCACUAUGCAUCUGUUUUUGGGAAAGAGGAGAGCGAGAGAAGACGACUGCCUGCCUUGGAGGGGGUCACGUGAGGGACACCUGUGCCUGAUUUCAUUAGGAAAUCCAUUCUGUUAUUUUUUGGUGCUGUUGGCUACUUUUAUCAAAAACCCUUCAAUAGCAUCCUUAAGA